CACAGAAAGAGACGCGUCGAACAGAAAGCGGUGGACUGCAGAGAGUUAUCUGUUGCCAGGCCCCGUUUCUAGGCAACCACAGCGGCGGGACCAAGAUCCGUGACGCUCUACUUGCAGGGAGGAACCUCUAUGGUUGCGAAAAGUAGCCGUUCUGCCUUCCUCUCCGUGGUUGGUGGGGCGUUUGGCUGGCAACCCGGGGCUUAGGAGGGGGCGAUGGAACGGGAAGGAACGUUUGGUCCAGCAACGCGUUGUUCCAGUUGAAGUUUACUUUCCACUGCUUAUUUGUUUAAAAAGUUAUGAGUUGUAAAGCCGGAAGAAAUUUAUCAGAAUGCAGUAUCAUACAACAUCUUGCUUUAAUUUGAUUUUCCUGCUUUCCUGCACUGUGGUAGGACUCCAUCAAGAAAAGUAUCCAAAGAGAAGCUUCUAAUCUAUGAAGGGCCAUGGGCUUUGGGUCUGCCAGCUUUCACCUCUCUUACAAACUCAAGCUAUUGAUGCUCAUUACCCUCUGCGUCUUAUUGAUAGGCUGGGCUACCUCCACUUACCUGGUGGAUAUUUUACACGAAACUCCAGCAGCAAAAGGCAUGAUUGAAAGUUUCAGGAAGCCAACCACUAUUAAGGAGGAACAGAUGGAGAAUUCAAAGAGGAAGGCCAUGCUAAUCGAGAAACUACCCACAGCAAUACCCGCCUGUCCUUUUCUGUCUCCUUAUCUCCGAGGCCCCAGCAAGCUCAUUUUCAGAGCAUCUCUCACUCUGGAAGAACUGCAAAAAGAGAAUCCUUCGGUAGCCAAAGGGCGCCAUAGGCCAAAAGAUUGCACAGCUCAGCAACGGGUGGCUAUAUUAAUUCCACACCGCAAUCGAGAGAAGCAUCUGCUGUACCUGUUGGAGAAUCUUCAUCCAUUCUUGCAGAGACAGCAGCUGGAUUAUGGCCUUUAUGUCAUCCACCAGGCUGGCAAUGCCAAGUUUAACAGAGCAAAACUUCUAAAUGUGGGAUACCUGGAGGCACUGAAAGAAGAGAACUGGGAUUGUUUUAUUUUCCAUGAUGUGGACUUGGUGCCAGAGAACGACUUCAAUAUUUAUGUAUGUGGCAGUCAGCCAAAGCAUUUGGUAGUGGGGAGAAAUAGCACAGGUUACAGGUUGCGUUACCAAGGAUACUUUGGCGGUGUAACUGCUCUGACAAGGGAACAAUUUCUGAAGGUGAAUGGAUUUUCAAACAACUACUGGGGCUGGGGAGGAGAGGACGAUGACCUUCGGAUCAGGGUUGAAAUGCAGAAAAUGAAGAUAAUCCGACCUUCCCCCAGUAUAGCCAAGUAUACUAUGAUCUUUCAUACUAGAGACCAAGGCAAUGAGGCAAAUGGCCAAAGAAUGAAUCUCUUGCGUCAGGUGUCUCGAGUAUGGAAGACCGAUGGGCUAAAUUCAUGCUCCUAUAAACUGCUUUCAAAAGAAUACAAUCUUUUAUAUACAAAUAUUACAGUGGAUUUUGGAAGGCAAACUAAGUUUUCAUAACCAUUUCUUAUAGCUAAUAAAUUUUAUUCAAAUGGACCAAAACAAAGUAAUGACUUGAGCUACAGCAGUGAAAUAUUUCAUUUUCUGUUGGUGGACACUCAACAAGUUCUUUACACAUGGAAAGUUUUUAAAACUGUUAGAUUUGUUAGUUACUCUCUUUUGAGCUAUAAGACAACGUUGAAAUUAAAGACUUUCUUUGGAUAAAAGUAAUCCUUUAUAAAGAAUUCUAUAGAACAUUUUUUUGAAAUGAAGAGAUAUAAGAACAAUUCAACUGUUAAUUUUUCAAUGAAACAAGAUUUUUUUUUCAGUCCAACUUUUUAAAAUGUCAUUUUUUCAGUUGAAGAACUGUUCAUCAUAUUCUAAAUGGGGUGGUACAUAAUUUCUUUUUCUUAAACAAGGAAAAAAUAAAAUUUUGAAUAAAAUUUAACCUGUUGAUCUUCAGUUUUCAUAUUUAUCCGAAUAUCUGUCAGUUUAAGAAUGUGAAAAUUUACUACUAAAAGAAAUUGAUUACUCUGUGUUUUCCAUUUUUCAAAGGAUAACAGCCAAACAUAUUUGCAUAGAGUACAUAAGUAGAUAAAUUGACAUUAAAAUGAUAGCAUACACCUUUGCAAGGUUAGAGUGCAGAAUGGUCUUAAAAUGCAGUGAUAUUUCUUCAGGAUGGAGGGGAAAGCUGGAAGACAAUUAAUGCAACUAAUGAAUAUAAAAUAUUAGUACUAAACAUAGAAAUGGUUCUAUGGUUAAAUGCAAAACAUUAUAUUUUUUUUAAAAAUGAGCAUAAAAAUAAAUUGUGUUCCAGCUA